GCUCGUACCUGACUCAUACUGCUCCUCACUUCUCUGUUUGUUGGAGUCGAUAAAGUGUGUGUUUGGAAGGUGAGAAAGUGAGGGAAAACUAGAGAGAGAGAAAAAAGAAACACUGCAAUGGCAGUUACUCAGCGCGGUGCUUGUCUUUGCUUCGCAGUUGUUUUGAUGUUCUUCCUCGGAGUUCAGGCGACUGUACGGAGCGAAAAUGUCCCUGUUUCAAGGAUGGUGAAGAAGACAGAGCAGUUGAAGAGCUUAACCAACUCAACAAUGGUCGCCAGGACUGAAUACGAUGAUGAUACGCAUGAGCAUGCCGUUGAUAACCCAGAGGAAAUUGCUGCAGAGGUUGAAAUGAGCAUCCGCAACAGCACUGAGAGGAGGCAAUUGGGGUACUUCUCGUGUGGGACAGGUAAUCCUAUUGAUGACUGUUGGAGAUGUGACCCAAACUGGCAGAAGAAUCGCAAACGCCUUGCGGACUGUGGCAUUGGUUUUGGAAGAAACGCCAUUGGCGGUCGCAAUGGCCGUUUCUAUGUUGUCACUGACCCGUCUGAUGACGAUGCUGUUAACCCACGCCCUGGUACUUUAAGGCACGCUGUGAUCCAGGACAAACCUCUCUGGAUUGUCUUCAAGAGGGACAUGGUGAUCACACUGAAACAGGAGUUGAUCAUGAAUAGCUUUAAGACUAUUGACGGUCGCGGAGUGAAUGUACACAUUGCUAAUGGAGCUUGUAUCACCAUCCAAUAUAUUACCAAUGUCAUCAUUCAUGGUCUCCAUAUUCAUGAUUGCAAACCCACUGGUAAUGCAAUGGUUAGAAGCUCGCCUAGUCACUAUGGUUGGAGGACAAUGGCAGAUGGUGAUGGCAUUUCAAUUUUUGGGGCAAGCCAUAUAUGGGUUGAUCACAAUUCACUCUCCAAUUGUGCUGAUGGCCUUAUUGAUGCUAUCAUGGGUUCUACUGCCAUUACCAUUUCAAAUAAUCACUUCACCCACCACAAUGAGGUGAUGUUGCUGGGCCACAGUGAUUCCUAUACUAAAGACAAAAAUAUGCAAGUUACAAUUGCUUACAACCAUUUUGGAAACGGACUGAUUCAGAGGAUGCCAAGGUGUAGACAUGGUUACUUCCAUGUAGUGAACAAUGACUAUACUCACUGGGAAAUGUAUGCCAUUGGUGGUAGUGCUAACCCCACCAUUAACAGCCAGGGCAACAGAUAUGCUGCUCCAACUAACGCCUUUGCCAAGGAGGUAACAAAGAGGGUAAACACCGCAACGAGCGAGUGGAAGAACUGGAAUUGGAGAUCAGAGGGAGACCUCUUGUUGAAUGGCGCCUACUUCACCCCAUCUGGCGGAGAAGCCUCUCUUAGCUAUGCUCGCGCCUCAAGCUUGUCAGCCAAGUCUUCCUCUAUGGUUGACUCCAUGACUUCUGGUGCUGGAGCACUGACCUGCCGCAGAGGCCGACAGUGUUCAUAGAUCUAGUCAGUUAAUUAAAGUGGCCAAAUCAAAUGGCCAACCAAUAGUUGUUUGAUUUUUUUACCUUUUUUUCUUAAAUUUUACCACUAUAUAGCGUAUCACCAGUCAUCCCACAACCAUUCUGUCCAUUGUUUCUCAACCGAAACCACCUCCCAUUACAUAUGCUGGCAAGUGUACAUUUUUUGCACAUGUCAUUAUAUUGUCCUACCUCACUUAUUUGCUCAACCUCGGCCUGUUUCAACUGAAAAAACAAACAUUACUAUUCCAGGAAUCAGGUACGGAAGCGUUGUUCAUUUUUAUUCCCUCUCCCUUUUUUUAUUACUCUCCCCUCCUUCUAACUCCAUUUGCGCCUCUAUUUGUGUCCAAUCUCAAUCUUGGUCUCUGUACACUUUUUUUCUGUUUUUGGUCUUUCGGGUGAAUAGGGUCUGAAUGAUUUUGUUUUUCUCUUUUAUUUUGUUGUGUCCAGUCAUACAACCGAUAGUAAUAUUGAAUGUCAAAGUUGAGUCAUGAGAAAAACCUUGUUACAAAAUGAUGAUGCAUAGACAAUAUCAGCGAUGUUCCUUUACUUUUUUUUUCCUUUUACUUUUUGGUUUGUGGAGUUGUGAUUAUUAAUAUGUUUACCAAUUUCAUGUC